CCUGAGGCGCCAACACCGCUCGGCUAUUCAUCGGUAGCCAAACCCCGCCAAUCAACGCAAACCUGUUACCUCAACAUCAAACUGCACUUGGCUCGGUCAACAUCAAAUCCGAGUCGAAUCGCAACCUAUCACCAGACCAUCCGACCGGCAUUGCGGGCCAUCAACGGAGCCAAGGUAGGUCUCAAUUGGCAUGUACGGGUAGCUCUACAGCUGUUAACGGCAGGUCCAGAUGCUGUCCCGUCGAAUUGGGCGGGCUGCGCCCAUCAGAACCGCGACCAUCGCCGCCCGGCUUGUGCCGCUCACUCAACAGCGAACCUUCCUCCCCGACUCAGUCACCGGCAGGGGCCGCCUCGAAGAGAAGUAUCCUUCUUAUCCUACUCUCUCCGAUGCCGAGGAUCCGGGAAUGACCGGCGGCUACAUCAACCCUCCUCGCAUCAAAAGGCAAUUCCGCGACCCUCACGCCGACUGGUGGGACAAGCAGGAGAGGAGGAACUACGGAGAGCCAGUCCAUGAGGAUCAUGACAUGCUAGGCAUGUUCACGCCCCACGAGUACACUUGGGUUUCUUCAGGGAAGGGAGCUCUGCAAUUCGGAGCCUUCGUUAUCACCUUCCUCGGCGUCUGCUGGGUGGUAAAGGCCACAUAUCCGGACAGGGCUUCGUAUCCCCGAGAGUUUGAGGGUGGAUUGGAGAAGGAAUUGGGCGGGUCAGGAGCUCUCAGGGUAGUCAUCGUUUAUUCGCGGCUACAUCAUCAUAUCUACGGCCUUCCUUGCGGCACUACCAUGCGGUACGACGAUUGGGACGUGCUCCUCUUCCCCAUCGACUGGGAGUCCAAGAUUCCCCUCAAGGAAUUCCGGGUUGCCUGCCAUGUCAUCUCCGACACGGAACUCUCCCACGCCCACGGAUCACUCGAAAUCCCGAUCAUGACGUGCUUCAUCCCCAGUCUCACUCCCACUGCCCGGUUUCAUAUCUCAAUCCAUAGCUGGGAGCAUCCAACCGUGAGUCAGUUUACGCGGGCAUACAGCAAGCACUCGGAAUCCGCCCGAUUCGAGGCCCGAGUCUUGAUCGAUGGCCGCAUGGUUGCUGUCACUUACUUCGAUCGCAACGGACCGUGGCCGCAUAUCAUCAGCAGUACUUGCGAGCUGACAAAAUCCGGCGAACAUGAACCUCUCAGGUUCCCCCAUUUCCGCUGUGAGCUCCUGUACCAGGAUCACUGGAAUCCGGGAGACGACAUUGGCCGAAUUAAGAUCGUCAUUAGCGAAGGGUUUCCGCGGGACUCUCUUUCGGCACCAAUCGAGCGAGUCAAGAAUCUCGUGUCAUUUUCGUUCCAGCACGCCCCGUUAGAUAUCCUUGAGAGAAACGGCAUCGCCUGGCCGAACCCUUCAAUGUGGCUCCGCCCUCCACUCAACCCAGUGUCAACCUAUCCCGAGGGCGGUGCAGAGUUGCACACCCAUUCGCCUCGUCGCAGAUGUAUGUCCACGAAACCCAGCACAAUCCAUGGUUUCCCUGGGUCCCUUGCCCCGGGCCUUCCUCCCCCAUCCCAGCCUGGGGGGCUUCUACCGAACCCGUCUGUCACAUGUGGUGCGUCUUUCGUGCCCCAAGACGUCCCCGCAACCGCCGACUCGUCGUUCGCAGACACGUUCGACGAUCCCUUAUACGCCGACUGGGUCGCUUCGCUGACUAACUGCGGAUCGACUAUUGGCGGCGGGAGGGCCGUUUGGCCUGCCAACAAUCAGGAUAGCAACAAGAAGUCCGGCACCGACACGAAUAUGCCCGAUAUCGUGCCUUCCCCCCCGAAACAGGGCUCAUUUGGGGAACCGAUGCAUAUUUCUGGACCCAGCCUAGAGGACGACCGUGUCCCUUCGAACGUUGGUCUCAAGGUUCCCACGAAUACUCCAACCUCUGGGAAUCUCACAAUUGGUUCCUCCGAUGGAAGUCCGUUUUCGUUCCAGACCGGCAUCUUGAACAUGUCGGCCGACCUUGCUACGUCGCUCACGCAGUCGCUUCUUAACCAACCUCUCCCUCUGCCCAUUGCCCCACAGAAUAUUCCUCUCCCUGCCUCAGAGGUCAAGUCUAGAAAAGAGAAACGGCACCAUUAUACCCUAGCAGCUUCCAAUCAAGUUUCGACAACUUCGACCCCGCGUGCAGACCAACCUCAGAUCCGCAAGUUCGCACAGCCAGGGUUCAGCCUGGGCCGGAUAUCGGCGGGCGCCGCCAAGUCUGGGAUCAGCUCUCCAUCUUCUCACACCAUCUUUUCUGAUAGCAGCUCUGGCAAUUCUUCCGGGGUCAGCUUCGGCGCGGAUGUUGCCUCCGAAUCGCCAACCAUCACUCCCUUGGGUGAAGCCUCUAGCAGCACUAUCAACCAGGCAUCCGGCAAUGCAAACAGCGGCCAGAAGGGCACCAAACGCGUUCAGAACGAGAUGCCGGCCUCGGCAAAGGCCACUGACACAAAAUGCGAACCACCUCAGACCAGUACCCUUGAUAGAAUUGGUGCUGGUUAUGUUGGGGACACGACAGUAUCGGAGUAACAUCUUUAUCGUCCUUUGGUACACCACGGUUCUUCGAAUUACCAUAUUCGCAGGUUAUGCAUUGGUUCCGUGUCUACUCCCAGUGUUUUGGUCCAGAUACGGUGACUUACAAGCAUGUCUUAAGGUGGAGCUGCAUGGCCAAGAAAUUAGAGGGCAUCAGCAGCAUAUCGUUAUGCUAGGAUUAACGAUGUUCUUGGAGCCCCUGCUCUGGGCUGAUAGGGUUUCUCUUUAAGCAAAAUACGAGCGCACACCGAAUCCAGAUCCGAGAAACACAUAGUUCGUAGAUAUGUGAUAUGCAUGAUAACUGCGCGGUCGUAAGCAGGGACUUGACAGCCUGCUGCAGCAAGAGCAGCCUUUGGGUGCAGUUUUCAUGGCCUUGAC